UUGCUCCAUUUAACAAUUUCGUCCUGGCCACUUAACUCAGUAGUAAGUGUUUUCCAUGGCAGAAGUGGAAACCACUAAGCUUUCAGGUGCAUCUGUUGACAGGUCAGGUGCACCAGGGGAAGAAAUGAUUUUUAUUUCCAGGAACUCUAGUGCCUUCUAGUUUUGUCUUCAGAUACUGAAGUAUCCUAAAACGGUCAGUAAUAAUGACAGUUACAUACAGGAGGUUUUCUUAAUAUUUUUCUUUUUUUUUUUUUUGCCGUAAAAUGUAAUGAUUGAAUGAAGGAUUGGAUGGAGCUGAUGGCACAUCCAGUGCUCGGAUGCGAAUCGACCGGUUUUUUGCCUGCUUUCCAAAACUUUUCAUUUCACAGUUCUACUCCUGGGAAAUACUGCAGAUAUGUAAACCUGUUCGAGACCUGCUGCUGAACAUGAUGUAGUUCAAACGUGUUGGGAAUAUAAUAUAACGUUUGUGCAGCUUCCCAUCAAGAUAUAUCAUUUACGCGUCAUAUACGGACCAAGUAACAUUAUAACAGCAGAAACGUCUGUGAACCUCCACUCCAGAGCACUGAUGGUUGGCAGGACACUUUAAUCCUCGUCGUUAUACGAUGGAUAAGGUAGAGCAGAUCCUGUCAGAGUUCAGGCUGAAUAAGGAAGAACUAAAAGAAGUCAUGAAGAGGAUGCAGCGUGAGAUGGAGAGAGGACUGCGUGUGGAGACGCAUGAAGAGGCCAGUGUCAAAAUGCUUCCAACUUACGUCUGCUCCACCCCUGAGGGAUCAGAGGUGGGUGAUUUCCUGGCUUUGGAUCUUGGGGGUACGAACUUCCGUGUGAUGUUGGUGAAGGUGGGUGAAGAUGACGAGAGGAGCUUUAAGGUGGAGACCAAGAACCAGAUGUACUCUAUUCCUGAGAAUGCCAUGACAGGCACUGCUGAAAUGCUGUUUGACUACAUAGCAGAGUGUAUGUCAGACUUUUUGGACAAACAUCACAUCAAGCACAAGAAGCUUCCUCUGGGUUUCACCUUUUCCUUUCCUGUACGACAUGAGGACAUUGACAAGGGUAUCCUGCUUAACUGGACCAAAGGCUUCAAGGCAUCUGGGGCAGAAGGGAACAAUGUUGUGGGUUUACUCAGAGACGCUAUCAAGAGACGAGGGGACUUUGAGAUGGAUGUUGUUGCCAUGGUGAAUGACACAGUAGCCACCAUGAUUUCCUGCUAUUAUGAGGAUCGCAGCUGUGAAGUGGGAAUGAUUGUUGGUACUGGUUGUAAUGCAUGUUACAUGGAGGAGAUGAGGACUGUGGAGCUGGUAGAAGGGGAGGAGGGCCGGAUGUGUGUGAACACAGAGUGGGGAGCAUUUGGAGACAACGGAGAGCUGGAGGAGUUCAGACUGGAGUAUGACAGAGUGGUGGACGAGUCCUCGAUUAACCCCGGACAUCAGCUUUAUGAGAAGCUGAUCAGCGGGAAGUAUAUGGGUGAGCUGGUCAGGCUUGUUCUGAUGAAGCUAGUGAAUGAAGACCUGCUGUUUAAUGGUGAAGCCUCAGAGAUGCUGAAGACACGUGGCAGCUUUGAGACACGCUAUGUCUCACAGGUGGAGAGUGACUCUGGGGACAGAAAACAAAUCUACAACAUCCUGUCUUCGCUCGGUGUUCUGCCGUCAGAGCUGGACUGUGACAUUGUGCAUCUGGUCUGUGAGAGUGUUUCCACUCGCUCUGCUCAUAUGUGCGGCGCAGGACUCGCUGGAGUGAUCAACCAGAUGCGGGAGCGACGCAGCCAGGAAUUCCUGGAGAUCACAGUGGGUGUUGAUGGAUCUGUCUACAAGCUACACCCAUGUUUCCGUGACAGGUUCCACAAAAUCGUCAGGGACCUUACACCUCACUGUGAGAUCAACUUCAUCCAGUCAGAGGAGGGGAGUGGUCGUGGAGCUGCUCUUAUCUCAGCAGUGGCCUGUAAGAUGGCUGCAUGCAUGCUGAAUCAGUAA